AUGGCCCAGAACUUCGAUCAUCAGUCUGUUCCGUCUGCAUCACUCAAAUUACACCGUCCCACCUCUUAUCUACCGCUUCGGGCUCCCCACGUCUUAUAUCGCUCGCGUUAUAACUUGACAAACUACUCGGGCGCGUGCGUGUCUGAUUGUUUUUUUGUGCGGACGUUUCCGGACCUCGAGAAGAAGAUCGGCGAGCUCGGCGGGAAGCUCUUCUUCCGCUUCUGCCGCGCGCGCGCCGACGGCGGGGACGCGCGGAGGGGCGGGAACGCCGGCGGCGGCGCCGCGCGGACGCGCUUCGCCGUGAACGCCGCGCGCGAGACGUUAUCGCGGGCGCUGCCGAACACGACGUGGGAGAUCGAGUUCGUCGGCGAGGAGCCCCUCUCCGUCGCGUCCGCGAGCGUCAGGGAGUACACGUACCCGGAGUCCGUCGCGCUCGGCGGCGGCGGCCGCGUCGGGACGUGCGACCUCCUCGCGUUCGCGUCCGAGCGCUCCGCCGCGGGGUGGGGCGAUUGGGUGAUUCACAUGGGCUCCGACGGCGUCUUAAAUCAGAGAGCCGUCGACGCCGUCGCCGCGCACUGCGCGCGCGAGUCGCGCCUCGUCGCGCUCGCGUCGUCCGCGGAGCCGCACGCGCGCAGAGGCGCGUUCGGCGCCGUGUUUCCCGGGGUGUCGCACCUCUCCGGCGCCGACGGCGGGUGGCUGUUAGACGACGGGUACGGUCGCGGCGCCGGCGAGCUGACGCGCAAUCAGGCGCGUUCUCCUUACACUGGUCCCCAUACGACCGCGUCGGCGUGGCGAACGCCGACGACGGCGUGGUCGUGGCUCGCCGGGUGCGCGGCGUCGCGCGUCGCGGGGGAGACGCUGGGGUCGACGCGGCUGUGCGGCGACUUCGGCGCGGUGCUGACGACGCUGCCGUCGUCGUUCGUCGUGCUUCCGAGCGAGCUCGAGCGCGGGAGGGGUUGGGCGUCCAUCGCGGGGGGCGGCGGCGGCGGCGCGAGGGGGCGGCGGGAGAGCAGAGGCGACGUCUCGACGACGCUGAUCGAGGACGACGACAGCGAGAACGCGACCGUCGCCGCCGCCGCUUCCACCGGCGCGCCGCCCGGCGCGGGGAUGGAGCUCACCGCGUUCGCGCUGCGAUGCGCGCGGACGAAAGGCACCGAGUUCGCGUGGCUCGACGCGGGCGCGCACGCGAGGGUGAUCCCGGACGCGCUCGCGUUCUUUAUUCAACGCGCGCGGUUUCACGGCGCGGGGCGGACGCUCUGGUGGCGAAACCGUUCGGGGUCGAGCGUUUCGGAAGGGAGAGUGGGGAAGGGCGCGGGGUCGACCCGCGACCGCGACCGCGACCGCGGCGUCGAUCGACCGAUCGCGCGCGGGUGGCCCAGGAUUUUCAUCGCGACGCACGCGCUCUCGAGCGGGUUCGCGCGGCUGGCGCCGUUGCUCACGACGGCGGCGCCCUUCUUGCGCCACGGCGCGUCCACGCCGCUGUUCGCGAUGAACGCCGCGGUCGGCGUCGUGACCGCGUCGGUCAGGGCGGAGUACGCGGUCGGGUUUUUCGCGUCGGUGGGCGGCUCGAGGCUCGCGUCCGGCCGCGCGAACAGCGGGCUCGCGUUCGCGGCGCUGUUUCUGUUGACUGUCGCGCUCGUGCCCGUGUUCUCUUUUUUCGAGCUCGGCGCGCUGGUGGGGUCGCUGUUCGUCGGCGCGGGCGGGCGAGGGGGAAGGGGCGACGUGGGGGUGUACGGGAAAGGGUACGACGAGGCGAAGAUACCGCUGCGAGCGGCGGGGGCGGCGGCGUCCGACGCGGACCCGGGGGCGGCGGACGUCGAGCGCGGGGAAAGAAGGCGCGUGCGGUGGACGCGGGAGACGCGCGUGUAGACUGGACGACUGACGCGACGCGCGCGCUAUGAUACCACCCUGUGUAAGUUACAGUAUGAUACGAAGGU